AGUAUAGAGUAGUUGGCGCGCUGAUUCAGCGUAGUUUCGCACUCCUCGCGCCAACCCAUUUCCCAUCCCCCUGCCUCCCUUUUUCCCGCCGCGUGCGCACCACGUCAUGCCGCCGCCGCCACCGGAGUCCGGCGAUCCUGGCCUCACGGAGUGCCUCCGCCUUCUCGAGGAGGUGCCAGCAGCCGCCGCGUCCUCCCCGGCCUUCCGCCGCCACUGGCCGUCCAUCACCGCAUCGCUCUCCUCGCUGUGCGCGUCGCUCUCCAGCCCCGCGUUCCCGCCCAACGCGCCGCUGCUCGCGUCACUCGCGUCCGCGCUCUCGGCGCUGCUCUCCGUCGCUGGUGACGCGCCUCGUCUGGGGCGCCUCCACACCGUCUCGCUCCUCUCCUCCGCUGCCACCUCGCUCUCCCAGCUCGCCGCCGACGCGCGCCUCCUCGCCGCGCCCGCCCUCUCCAGCGGCGCAGGCGGGGGAGGGGAUGGUGGCACGGAUGGGCUCAUCUCCCGGCUCCGGCUGGGGUCCGCGGCGUCCCAUGCCGCCGCGCUGGAGGAGCUGGCCAGCUCCGUGGGGACGCUGCCGGCGUCCUCCGCCGCCGUGGCCGUCACCGCGGUGGCGGAGAUGCUCGAUUCCGGCGGGGACCUCCUCCCGGCCUCCCGCGAGAAGGCCGUGUCCGUGCUCGCGGCCUUCGCGUCCUCGGAUGCAGCGUGCCGGUUCCUGGUCCAGGAGUCGAGUACCGUCAUCCCCCACCUCUGCCGCGCGCUGGAGUCCGGCGGCGCGGGCGCCGAGCACGCGUGCGUGGUGCUGCUCCCGCUGACCGCGGGCUCGCGGGACGCCGCGGCGGCAGUCGCGGCGCGCGGCGGCGUGGCCGCGCUCCUCGGCGCGUGCGCCGCCGGCACGCCGGCGACCCAGGCCGCUGCGGCCGGCGUGCUCCGGAACCUCGCGGCGUUCCCGGACCUCCUCCCAUCGUUCCGCGACGAGGACGCGCUCCCCUUGCUCCUGCAGCUCGUCUCCCUCGGCACCCCGCGCGCGCAGGAGCUCGCGCUGGGCUGCCUCCAGAACCUCACGGCCAGCGACGGCGACGAGGGCCAGCGGCUAAAGGUCGAGGCUUUCCAGGAAGGCGCGCUCGGCUGCGUCAAGGACUUCCUCGACUCCAGCCGCGGCGACGAACCGGGCCUCGCGCCGGCGCUCGGUCUCCUCCGCAACAUGGCCUCCUUCCGCUACAUCGCCGAGAUCGCCGUCUCCGCCAGCUUCGUCGCCCACGGCGCCGCCGCGCUGGGCAGCGACAAGUCCACCACCCGCACGGAGGCGGCCAUGGCGCUGGCCGAGCUCUGCAACGUCGGCAGCAGCGGCAAGGUGAGGACGGAGCUUGGGGACUCGAUCCCGCGGCUGGUCUGGAUGCUGGAGGCCAAGGCCGUCGCCGAGCGGGACGCCGCCGCGCGCGCACUGGCCGCGCUCCUCGUCGCGUCUAGCGGGUACCGGAAGCUGUUCAAGAAGGACGAGAGGGGCAUCGUCAACGCCGUCCAGCUGCUCGACCCGUCCGCCCGGGGAGUCGACAAGCGGUUCCCGGUGUCGGUGCUGCUCGCCGUCUCGCAAUCCCGGCGUUGCCGGAAGCAGAUGGUGGCCGCCGGCGCCUGCGGAUUCCUGCAAAGCCUCAUGGCCGCCGAGGUGGACGGCGCCAAGAAGCUCACCGAGUGCCUGGGCAAAGGGAAGAUGCUUGGCGUGUUCCCGCGGACAUGACACCGAUCGAAUAACGCCGAUCCGCGGAAGAAUUCAGAGUUCUUGCGAUGAUGAAACCUUCGCUUAGCGCUGUAUGUAUGUGCCAUAAUCACUUCCCCUGCCUCAAUUCACCUCAUGCUUCAGCUUGCUGCCUUCCUCUCUGUGAUGCUUGUUGUGAUGACCCUGUACAUGUCGGCGUGCGUCGUCCUGUUCCAUAGCUUAGGGUGUUGCCUGCUAGAUGAUGGGUGUUUUAGCGUGCUGAAAUCAAUAAGAACACUGAAAAUCUUGUUUGCAAUCCUUGAUCUGAAGAAAUUCACCUUCAGUUUGCUGCUGUGCGUCACUGUUCCGUAUCAA